GAUUAGCCUUUCAAUACUUGAAGCAUCCUAUGAGGCUUAUCUUACAGAAACUACUGCUUCCUUUCAUGCACUUGUGGUUGUGCUGGAGUUCUUGUGUUCAUGUUCACGCAGCACAUGACAGUUUAAAGCCCGGUGAUACACUGAAUUCUUCCUCACCAUCACUAUAUUCAAAGAGUCGCAAAUAUUUUCUCAGAUUUUAUACGAUUGGAAUUGCGGAUGGAGAUUUUACUUACUUGACAGUCCAAAGUGCAUAUGAGAAUCAGAUAGUUUGGAAGGGUAAUAGGGAACAACCUAUCAAUGAUGACGCAGUUCUAUCCCUAAACUUCUCAGGCGUGCUGAAAAUAGAAUCUGAAUCUGUGAAGAAACCAAUAAUUCUGUAUUCUCCUCCUCAACCUAUCAACAACACUGUGGCCACUUUGUUGGACACAGGCAACUUUGUGCUUCAACAUCUUCACCCCAAUGGGAGGUUAUCUUACAACAACAAAGAGGGAUAUGUUGCAAGGGCUGAUCUGUGUUAUGGAUAUAACACAGAAGGAGGGUGCCAAAGAUGGCAGGAUAUACCUAAGUGCAGGAGUCCUGGUGAUGUCUUCACCAAAAAGAUUCUUUUCUCUAAUUAUGAAAAUCAAACCUUUGAAUUCAAUCAGAAUAUUAUUCACAGUGAUUGUGAGGCUGCUUGCUGGAGCGAUUGUAAUUGCAAUGGAUUCAGAGAACUUUCUGAUGAUGGAAUUGGAUGUGAUUUCUAUCAUUGGAAUUCAUCCAAAGAUAUUAUAGUUGACGGCACUACUUCGGGUGAAGACGUUUACAUACUGGAGACCAAAGGGAAGAUAAUAACCCCUCAUCAUCACGGUAAAAAAAGUUGGAUAUGGAUAAGUACAGUAAUAGCAGCCACUAUACUGCUAAUAUGCGCAUCCAUUCUGUUCGUAGCCAUAAAGAAACGAAAACAUGUGCUUCAAGAGAAGAAACGGAAAGAAAUGGCGAUGAAAUUAUCCGAAAUCGAUGAUUUUGGAAAUGAUUUUAAAAAGGGACACGGUUUGAAAGUGUUCGAUUAUACAUUAGUUGUGGAAGCCACAAAUGGGUUUUCAUCCGAAAAUAAGUUAGGACAGGGAGGUUUUGGACCAGUUUAUAAGGGAACUUUGCCAACAGGAGAGGAGGUUGCUAUAAAAAGGCUUUCAAAAAGUUCGACACAGGGAAUUGUGGAGUUUAAAAACGAAGUAACACUAAUAUGUGAACUUCAGCACAUGAAUCUUGUUCAACUACUUGGUUGCUGCAUUCAUGAAGAAGAGAAGAUUCUAAUUUACGAGUAUAUGCCCAACAAAAGCUUGGAUUUCUAUCUUUUCGACUGUACAAGAAGCAAAUUACUAGAUUGGAAUAAGCGUUUCAACAUAAUACAAGGAAUUUCUCAAGGAUUAUUAUAUCUUCACAAGUACUCAAGACUUAAAGUCAUUCACAGAGACUUGAAAGCAAGUAAUAUACUUCUUGACGAGAACAUGAAUCCAAAAAUUUCAGAUUUUGGAAUGGCUAGAAUGUUUACCCAACAAGACUCCGUAUCAAAUACCAACAGGGUUGUUGGGACAUACGGUUAUAUGUCUCCGGAAUAUGCUAUGGAAGGAGUUUUUUCUACAAAGUCUGAUGUGUACAGUUUUGGAGUGUUGAUGCUUGAGAUCGUUUGUGGACGGAAAAACACUAGUUUUUAUGAUGAUGAUCACCCAAUAAAUUUAAUUGGACACGUAUGGGAAUUAUGGAAAGAUGACAAGUGUGUUGAAUCAGUGGAUCCAUCAUUAAUGGAGUCAUUAGAUUCUGAUGAUGUGCAGAGGUGUAUUCAUGCCGGUCUUCUAUGUGUUGAACAUUAUGCAAAUGAUAGACCUACAAUGUCUGAUGUUAUAUCAAUGUUGACAAACAAGAGUGAAAGAGUGUCUUUACCUAAAAGACCAGCAUUUUAUGUUCAAAGAGAGAUGCUAAACGAAAAUUUAUCUUCUGCGGGGCUAUGUACCGCUUCUACAGUAGAAAUUACUACUUCGUUGGAAAUAGAAUUAUCUCAGUGAG